AUAAACUGUGGAAGGAUUUAAUUCUUCACUGUUUUUUUCUAGCUGUCUCACUUGUGGAGCUGAAAAUUAUAGCUAAAUGUAAUAGCUGGCUGUCUUCACAAGUAGACAGAUGCUUUUGUCGGUGUGAACAUUGGUUCAGCUGUGACUAACAUGCCAAGUCCAACAGAAGUUGUGGCCCUUCUCAAGACUCAAGGUAUCGAACAUGUUAGACUAUAUGAUGCUGACAGAGCCAUGCUUCGUGCACUAGCCAACACAGGAAUCCGUGUAAUUGUUUCUGUUCCCAAUGACCAGCUUCUCGGCAUUGGUCAGUCCAAUGCCACUGCUGCCAAUUGGGUUAAACGCAAUGUCAUAGCUCAUGUUCCUGCUACCAACAUUACUGCCAUAGCAGUUGGUUCUGAAGUGCUGACAUCCCUCCCAAAUGCAGCUCCUGUUCUAGUCUCAGCACUAAAAUUCCUUCAAGCUGCUCUAGUUGCAGCCAAUCUUGAUCAACAAAUCAAAGUCUCUACUCCACACUCUUCUUUUAUCAUUCUUGACUCUUUCCCACCUUCUCAGGCAUUUUUUAAUAAAACUUGGGAUCCUGUCAUGGUUCCCUUGCUCAACUUUUUGCAAUCAACAGGUUCCUAUCUUAUGCUCAAUGUGUACCCUUAUUAUGAUUUCAUGCAACCCAAUGCUGUAAUCCCUCUAGACUAUGCUUUGUUCCGGCCCUUGCCUCCUAAUAAAGAAGCUAUAGAUUCCAACACCAUGCUGCAUUAUACUAAUGUCUUUGAUGCUGUUGUUGAUGCUGCUUAUUUUGCAAUGUCAUAUUUGAACUUUACCAAAAUUCCUAUUAUAGUCACCGAGUCAGGAUGGCCCUCCAAAGGAGAUUCAUCCGAGCCAGAUGCAACUAUUGAUAAUGCUAACACUUACAAUAGUAACUUGAUCAGGCACGUCCUUAACAACAGUGGAACUCCUAAGCAACCUGGAAUUUCAGUUAGCACUUAUAUUUAUGAGCUUUAUAAUGAAGACUUGAGAACAGGUCCAGUGUCUGAGAAUAAUUGGGGUCUGUUUUAUGCUAAUGGAGCUCCAGUGUAUACCUUGCACUUGACUAAUGCUGGUACUGUAUUUGCAAAUGACACAACAAACCAAACCUUUUGUGUUGCCAAGAGUAAUGCAGAUACAAAGAUGCUUCAGGCUGCACUUGAUUGGGCUUGUGGACCAGGGAAGGUGGAUUGUUCUCCAUUGCUGCACGGUCAACCCUGUUAUGAUCCAAAUAGUGUGGCUGCACAUGCUACAUAUGCUAUCAAUGCUUAUUAUCAGCAGAUGGCUAAAUCUGCUGGGACCUGUGAUUUCAAAGGAGUUGCCUCUGUCACCACUACAAAUCCAAGUCACGGUUCCUGUAUAUUUCCUGGAAGUCACGGAAAAAAUGGUAGCAGCAUAAAUGGGACAUCAUUGGCUCCAUCUACCAAUUCCACAAAUUCAGGGUGCUUGUCACAGUAUUACAAUGGUGGAUCUUUAACAAGAUCUCUGAUUCUUACUUUAAUUUUGAGUGUAGCUGUCUUAUAAAACUAGGCACAUUACCUUUUCAGCAUUUGAGUCUUGCAUACCCAAUUUUGUGUUCCUCAUGUAGAGAAUUUAAAGGGUAGCGAGGUUGAUCAAAAUGUAUAUUUCCAAUUGUAACGUGAGUUUAUUAUUCAAUUUUUGUACAAACAAACCAGAAGAAUUUAUUUAAACCNUUGAUGUAA